CGGAAGCCAGGCAGCGCCGUCGCUUACCGCUUUUCCGGACGCGCGGGAGUCUUGCUUUUGUAGGCUUCGCUUAGGCAGCUGUACCGUAGUACUGUUAAAGGCUCCGUUUCCCUGAGACUUUACGGCCAUUUGAGGCGAUAUGGCUGCGGGCGAGAGAGGAACAGGUGGUGGCAAUGGAGGGGCCACCGCUACCUCAGGCUGCCCGUAGGGAGGGAGCCUGAAGGCCCUCUGAGUCGUUUGGGCCUGUGCUUACUUCCUUUGCAGUGAUACUGCCUAACGGCGAAGAUGAGCUCGGUCUGGGUCACCUCUUUCGAGAAGGAGCAUCUCUGGAUGUAUCUGCAGGCGCUCGGUUUCGAGCCAGGCCCGGCCACCACUGCCUGCGGAAAGAUCGUGUCGCACACGCACCUCGGAGUGAACAUGUUUGACAAGUUGAACCGUGAUGCCUUUCAAAUCGUUUCUUAUUUUUUGUUUCAAACACUGGACCAGUCUCUCACUAAAGAAAUUUUCAAGCUUUGUUGGCCUCCAUUUGACCAAAAGAGUGACAGUGAAUUCCGGAAACAUUGCUAUGAAUGGUUAAAAAAGAUUUCUGUGGAAUGUGGAAGUAGCUUUCCUCAAGUUGUUGGGUCCCUAUUUCUUUCUCCUGGUGGUCCUAAGUUUAUUCAUCUGAUGUAUCAUUUUGCAAGAUUUGUUGCAAUAAAAUAUAUAAAAACCCAUUCUAAAAAUUCUUGUAUACGUUCUACCGAGACAUUUAAUGUAAAGCCACAAGAUAUGCACAAAUGCAUUGCCAGAUGCCAUGUAGCACGUAAUAGAUUUUUACAUGUUUUGCAAAGAGAAGAUUGUGUUACCCGAAAGUAUCAGGAAAAUGCACAACUGUCAGUUAAACAAGUACGAAAUUUGAGAUCAGAAUGUAUGGAGCAGCAAAACCAAAUAAAAAAAAUGGAACCCUAUGAUGACCAAAGUAAUAUACAAGAGAAAAUCCAAAAGGUUCGGUCUUUGUGGGCUUCAGUGAACGAAACACUCAUGUAUUUGGAAAAAGAAAGAGAAGUUGUUAAUGCAGUCCUUAAUCUUGUUAACCAACAUACUUUAGAUGGAACUAAUGUUGCUAUCAAUAUUCCAAGGCUCUUACUUGACAAAAUUGAGAAACAAAUGUGUCAGUGCUACAUCAUACAUUGUAAAAUAAAAGAAGAUCUCACCAGUAUGAAACACUCUGUGGUUGAAAAACAAGGAGAAUGGCAUAAAAAGUGGAAAGAAUUUCUUGGUCUGUCUCCUUUCAAUCUAAUUAAAGGUUGGACUCCAGCUGUGGAUCUUUUACCACCAAUGUCUCCUCUGUCAUUUGAUCCUGCCUCAGAAGAAGUAUAUGCAAGGAGUAUUCUUUUGCAGUAUCCUGCUUCACUUCCAGAUACACCAAAGCAACAAAACCAAGAAAAUGAUUGCAGGAGAGCUAGUGAUAUAUCGGGAGCUGUAUAUGAUCUAGGCAACAGACCUGCUUCUUUCCUGUCACAGCCAGUUUCAUCAUCAGAUAGAAACAGUGUUAGAUUACUUGAAAAGGACAUGAAGAUAAGAACUCCUAGAGAAGGAAAUGAAACACCUUCUAAGAAGACAUCAAAAUUUGAAACUAAAGACUGUCUAUCAUCAGAUACUGCAAGGAGUACAGAGAAUACUGCAUUUACAGGGUCUCUGCCAGCUAAAAAUAGGGAUCCACUCCAAAAAGAGCAAGAUCAUCUGGUAGAAGAGGUUGCCAGGGCGGUUUUAUCUGAUUCACCACAGCCCUCUAAAGGAAAAGAAGUAAAAUUAGAGGAACUGUUUGAUUCUCUAGUGUCUAACCCAUUCUUAACAAGGAACCAAAUUCCCCGAACGCCAGAAAACUUGAUAAGUGAAAUUAGGAGCUCAUGGAGAAAAGCUGUCGAAAUGGAAGAUAACAGAAGUACAGAACCAAUUCAGGUGGAUACUGAACAUAGAGAAGAAUUGCCAGAAUCCUUACCUGUGUUGCAUAGCCCAAGAGAAAUUAGCAGGACCAGCUUUCUCUCAGCAAGCACUGUAUCCAAUUCUAGCCAUUCCCAUUUGCCUGAAGAGAAAGUUGUUUCAGAAUGCCUCAAGUGUGUGCCUCAGAAGCAUGUGGUGACCAGUCACAUAGGUGGACCAUCGACACAAAAUCAGUCAGAUUUGUUAAGUGAGAAAAUAAUGUGCAAGCAAGGUUUGGAGUGUGCAGAAUUACAGAACAAGCUUUUAGACACUAGCCAAACAGAGACAGUCUCCCCUACUGUAGGGACUAGGAGACUUGUAAUGGGUAGCAGUGAAGAAGAGUCUUCUCUUGACCACUUGCAAGCUUCUUACAAGGAACCUUUCAUGCAUAAAAGUAUGUUAUGGGACUCUUUUCAAGUAUCAGGUGGAACUAGUUCCAGGAGUUUAAAGGAUAUUGAUUUUGGCAUAUUACAUGAAACUCUUCCAGAAGAAGUUGGUAACUUAAGUCUUAAUAGCUCCAGUAGUACAGAAGCCAAUUUUAAACUGGAGCCAAAUAGUCCUAUGCACAGUGGCAUUUUUCCAGAAGAUGUUGUGGGAGAAAGACCAACUACUCCAGAAUCGGACUGUAAUUUACAGGCUAUUUGUCGUAGAUACGAGGCUCUGAAAAAAUCUCUAUCCAAGAAAAGGGAAGAAAGUGACCUUUCUAAUCCUGAAGCACUUGAAGGACACAAACCAGAAUUGAGCCCUAUUCCCACAAACAUGCAAACAGAUGAUAUGCUUGACUUUUUGGGUACUCAUGAUUUGCAUGUUGACUAUACAAAACCAUCUUUACGCAUGUCCCUUGGUGAAAGGAAACGGUCACUUUCGCCACUAAUUAAGUUUUCUCCAGUGGAACAAAGAUCGAAAACCACAAUACCAUGUAGUCUUGGAGAACUUCUACCUAAUUUAAAAGAAGAAGAAAUCUUGAAUAAGAGCCUUGAUGCAAAUGAAUUUCCAUCAGACUUGAAGAGAUGAAGCAGAAGCCCAGUUAAUUUAACUCUGAUGUACUUAAAUUUCAAGCAGUGUCACAGGAUAAAAACGGAUUUAUAAUUUAAAUACACGUUGGAAGUAUAACUCUUUUUCUAGGUCUAAAAAAUCCUAAAUAAUGCCUUUUACCAAACUUUAGUUUUUAGGUAAAGAGAGUAUGUUUGGAUUUUUCUCCUUGUAUGGAUCUGGGUUAAAAAAUGUGAAGUAUUUGGGAAGCAGACAUCAAGUUUUGUGAAGCCAUUUUGAUUCCUUGAAUAAUUUGUAAGCAUUAAUAGCAAAGUAUUAGUUUAUUAUAAUUUCAGUUGAUUAACAAACAUGAGUGGUUUUUGAUAUACUUUUAUUAACUGGUUAACAUAAUAACCAUUGAAUACUGAUCUUUCAUUUUAGGGAAAUACAUAACUUUUAUUGUUUCUUUAUGGAACACUAUAGUACUAACCAAAAAAAGUGAGAAAAGUAGUACCUUGGGAUGUGUAGUCAAGGUGAAAAAAGUUCAAGUUUGGGAAAGCUCUAAACAGGCUUAAUGAUUAUUUAAGUAGUAUGUUGGUCCUGGAAAAUGUUUGAUGGAAUAAAGUGUAUGUGAUGAUAAGUGAAGACUGGGGCAGAGUGAAUUUAGAAAAAAGGAAAAAGAUGGAAGAUGACUAGACACUUUUAAGGAACACUGUCAAACUAUAAAUCCAUUCAGUGGGUUGUACAGCAGAUUUAUAUUUAGUCUAAUUUAGACUUUGAGAAUUUAAUUUAACCCUAGUUUUAUAUUUUAACAGAAAAAAAUGUAAAUUAAACAUUUAUUAGUUUCUGUU